UCCUAUUUCAGUCUGUCUGUCAGAAAAUUCAAGGCUCAUGAGAGUGUGUGAGGAGCUUCAGAGCCCAUGGGGCUCUUGGCCUGCAGUGUCUUGAUCAAGAAAAUGGAACCUCUCCCAGGAUGGGGGUCGUCACCCUGGAGCCAGGCCCCUACAGACAACACCUUCAGGCUGGUGCUGUGUGUCUUCCUUUUGAACUUGCUGCAGUGCAUCUCUGCCCAGCCCCCGUGCAGACAGGAGGAGUUCCCUGUGGGGAAGGAGUGCUGCCCCAUGUGUAACCCAGGUUACCACGUGAAGCAGGUCUGCAGUGAGCAUACAGGCACAGUGUGUGCCCCCUGUCCCCCACAGACAUUUACCGCCCAUGCAAAUGGCCUGAGCAAGUGUCUGCCCUGCGGAGUCUGUGACCCAGACAUGGGCCUGCUGACCUGGCAGGAGUGCUCCAGCUGGAAGGACACUGUGUGCAGAUGCAUCCCAGGCUACUUCUGUGAGAACCAGGAUGGGAGCCACUGUUCCGCAUGCUUGCCGCACAACGCCUGCCCUCCAGGGCAGAGGGUAGAGAAGAGAGGUACUCACAACCAGGACACUGUAUGUGCUGAUUGCCUAACAGGGACCUUCUCACUCGGAGGGACUCAGGAGGAAUGCCUGCCCUGGACCAAGUGCAGUACAUUUCAACAAGAAGUAACACAUGGGACCAGCAGCACAGACACCACCUGCUCCUCCCGGGUCGUCUUCUGGGUUGUGUCCAGCCUUUUGGCCCAGUAUCCAGGGAGCUGGAGCCUUUCCAGCAGGAACAACAGGAGAACGCCAUCAGGUUUCCAGUCACCGAGGUUGGGCUUGCUGAGACGGAGGAGGAGACAGCCUCCGACUGCACAAGUUCUGGGUGAAGAGACACCGAGGAGACCAUGGUGGAAAGCUUCCAUAUGCCGUAGAGGCAUGACAGAUGCCCUGGGCUGGUGCAGCAUCACACAACAGUGGUCAUGUGGUCAUGGCUCAGGGUGUAGGAGUUGCUUUGCCAUUCUUAGUGUUAAAUAGGCUCAUCUGACCCCAACCAAACACUAAGAGGUGGUGAUCCAACUAGUCAGCCUGUAACAGCUCUGCCUAGGCCUGUAACCUAGCCUAACCAGCUCAGCCUAUAACCUAGGCCUCUGCCUGUCCUGGAAAUGUUAAAGCUAGGCCUGCUUAUUCAGAGGGCUGCCUCCUGGGGCCUACGUGAUCCUUCAACUGGGGGGCGGGGAGUGGGGCUCCAGUGCUUUCUAUUCUUCUCCUGUGUGUGUGUGUGUGUGUGUGUGUGUGUGUGUGUGUGUGUGUUUUACCCCCCUUUUCUACCGGCCCCAGAAAAAUCAAGUGUUACCCUCUCACUGUUUCACCAGCCCCAGAGAGUUUUCUGCAGGCCCCAGAGAACUAAGUUUUACACGCUCAGAGAAAAGUCUGCGGAGGGAUCGAUCAAUCGCAGACUCUACACCUCUCCUCAGUGUACCUGACCAGUCGAAGCUGGCCUUUGACAUUUGUCCCUUAGUAGCUAGCCAUCUUGAGUUAACCUGGGCUUCACCAAUUCGACUAGAUUGGACUAUCACUGAGCCCUGAGCCCCGGGUAUCCCCUUGGCUCUGUCUCCUCAGUGUUGGGAUUAAGGUACUAUGUCAAACUUUUAAAGUAGAUUCUGAGGAUGAACUUCAGGUCAUUAUGCUGUGGAGCAUGUACUGUAGCAAUUGAACCAUCCCCCUGGCU